GAUUGAGGAGCUCAAUGGCCAUGUCUUUGUGAGCUACCAAGUGAACAUCCUCCAAUCCUGCGAGCAGUGUUGCUCCUAUAUUUGGCCCAUGGAGAAGGCCUGCCUGUGCAGCAUCUGUAAGCUGACUUGCCACAAGAAGUGCCUGUACAAGAUCCAAAGCGGAUGCACGUCCUCUCCGGGAAAGAAGGGUGACCAGGAGUCCGAACCUCGUCACUUUGGAGUGUCUGUGAACGCCUUGACCAACGAGAAGAACUCUGUCCCCAUUGUUAUGGAGAAACUGCUGGAGCAUGUGGAAAUGCAUGGCCUAUAUACAGAGGGCAUCUACCGGAAGUCGGGCUCUGCCAAUCGCAUGAGGGAGCUGAAGCAUUCCUUGCAAGCGG